AUGGACUCAAGAAGCUGUAACUUCACUGCUGCUGAAACCAAUGCACUACUAGAGGGUGUUCGGUGCCAUUAUGGAACAUUAUGGAACAAUAGUGGGAAGUUUUCCAAUGGAGGUGAGAAGUCGCAAGCUCUCCAUGGUAUUCAAGGUGUUGUAGGGGAUGGCGAGCCUUGGAUUGAGGAGGAGGAGGAUAAUCUUCCAGUUCCUCCUGAGGCUGAUCCAGAGAGUCCAGUGGUAGUUGCCACAGGAUCUCAGAGGAAAGGCUUGAAGCGCCCUUCAUCAAACAAAAAUGAUUACAAGGCACUUCUGCAAAAAGAGACUGAACAGGCAGAAGCACAAUUUCGUCUGGCAGAGGAACAACUGACUCUGACCAAACUGCAGCAAACCAAGGCCAGAGUUGAGAUCCGCCUCCUAAAGGCUAAGCUCCGACAAUCUGGUGUUGCUAUGAUGAUAUCUGUCAGAAUGGCUCCUCAUCUUCCUCUGAUCUUUUUUACUAUGAUGCUCAGGGUUUCUAUGGCUGAUUGGGGUGUGAUUUACAGUCAUUCACACAUCUGUGCACUAAAGAACUCAUCAGUGAUAAUGAGCUGCUCUUAUACAUACCCCACUGGACAUCAAAUCGAGAAAGUGUUCUGGACCAAAACAAAUGUUAAAGCAAAAGAAGAAUUUACAGAUCUGUUUGAGGAUCCUGAAUACAGUCAGAGGCUUCAGUAUCUGGGAGACAAACAGCAGAACUGCACCAUCAGACUGAGUCAUGUGACACAGAAGGACCAACACAUGUACUAUUUCAGAUUCAUAACUAAUAUAGAUAAAUGGCUUGGUAAACCAGGAGUGAAUCUUACUGUCACAGAUCUUCAGGUGGAGGCUCCUGAGAGAGUGACAGAGGGUCAUAAUGUCAGUCUGACAUGUAAAAGUGGCUGCACUUUGACUGACAGAGCAACAUUCAUCUGGUACAGAAACUCACAACCAUUAACUGAGAGAAGAGACAGAAACAAUCAACUCCUGCUGCAAUCAGUCAGAGGAGAGGAUGCAGGCAGAUACAGCUGUGCUCUACAUGGACACAGUUACAUCUCUCCUGCUGCUCAGCUCACUAUCACCUGUGAGUACACUGUCAGAAAUAAGGGUACAAUUGUGCCUUUCAUUUGUUAA